GAUACGUGGGUUAGUUUCGCAGUGUGACACUACCAGUGGAACAGUCUCACUGCGCCUCGUGAACAAACCUGUGUACACACAAGUCGACUGCAGACGCCUAGUCAGUUUAAAGCAAGUGGAGAGGAUGUCUGCGACUGCACUGCGCUUGAUCCCAUGCAGGAGACUGAGCAGGGCCGGGUUGCCUGGUGUGACCAAGGUGCUACGGUGGAGAGAUUUCAGGAAGGUUGCUAAGGUGACAGGAGCAGUGGUGUUCGGAGGCUGCCUUUUCAUCACGUACGAGGUGGUGGCCUUGGACAAGGCGGUGACCAUCGACACCAGCGUGAUUCGUCAGGAGAAGUACAAGUCUUACAUCUACCUACAAGCCAGUCCCUCUGAUGAAAAGGAGAACCUCGCUGCAGGGAUUACACAGAAGACAAGGAGGGAACUUCACAAAGCAGCAAGGCGCUUUCUCGAACUCUCUUCGCGGCUUCUUUUGCGAUCAUUAGAUGAGCGCCUAAGUAAUGUGGAUGCAGACCCACACGAGGUGGCCUUAUGGAUCCUGCUGAAGAGGACGCAGUCUGACAAUCGCGCACUCAGACUACAGGCUGUGCAGGAACUGGCAGACAACUGCCACUGGCACGACUACCAGUAUCAGACCGCGGCCCAGGUGAUAGACCAGAGGACUGCGGUGGGCCUCGCUCGGACUCCUCGAGCAGACCUAAGAUUCUUCCUCCCUCCGCCUGCACUUCCUGACCUCGAUGAUGGUUUCUCAGCAGAGGACGGUCUGAGGCAGCUGCUCGCCUCCCUGCCGCAGUCCGAGGUGGACAAAUGUGUUCAGUACUUCACCUCGCUUGCCCUCAGAGAGAGCACUCGGGCGUUAGCAGCGCAGCGGGGUGGCCUGUGGUGUUUUGGUGGCAACGGCCUGCCUUAUGCCCAGAGCCUCACGUCUGUUCCCUCUGAGAAGGUGGAGUCCUUCUGCCUUCAGGCCCUAGUACAGCAUUCCAAGGUCAGGAGCCACUGUGACCACAUCGUGUCCAACGGGGGCCUUCAGCUCCUGCAGAGGGUUUAUCAGCUCCGUAGAGACUCCAAGAAUAUACAGAGGAACAUUGUGCGAAUCAUCGGGAACCUGGCGCUUAACGAGCAAGUUCACCAGGCCAUCGUGCAGUCAGGGUGGCUAUCAGUGCUGGCAGAGAUGGUGCAAUCUCCCCACGUCAUGGAGGCAUCCCACGCGGCACGCGCCUUGGCCAACUUGGACAGGGAGACGGUGAAGGAGAAGUACCAAGACGGCGUUUACAUCCUCCACCCGCAAACACGUGGCAACCAUCCAAUCAAAGCAGAUGUUCUGUUCAUCCAUGGUAUCCUGGGGGCCGCUUUUAAGACGUGGCGUCAGAGGGACAGAAGUGUGUUACAAGACGGGAAUGACAAAGACUGCGAGGAAGAUUACACAGAGUGCUGGCCAAAGACGUGGUUAGCCGCUGAUUGUCCAAAUCUGAGGGUGCUAUCAGUGGAAUAUGACAGCCACCUCAGUGACUGGAUGGCCAAGUGUCCUGCUGAGAAUCAGAGGAAGUCCUUGGCCUACAGGAGUCGAGAGCUGCUCAAAAAGCUCAAGAUUGCGGGAGUUGGAGACCGGCCGGUGGUCUGGGUAGCUCACAGUAUGGGAGGCCUGCUUGUGAAAAAAAUGUUGAUCGAUGCCUCAGAAGACCCAGACAUGAAGGACCUGUUCAAGAACACCAGGGGUAUUUUAUUCUACAGCGUUCCUCAUCACGGCACCUUCAUGGCGGAAUACUCGGUCAACGUCCGAUAUCUGCUUUUCCCCUCGAUCGAAGUCAGAGAACUUUGCAGAGACUCUCCAGCACUGCGUGACUUGAACGAGAACUUCUUGACAAUGGCCAGAGAAAAAGAGAUCAAGGUGCUAAGCUUUGCAGAGACUCUGCCCACAAACAUUGGUCCUAUGGUCAAGAUACUGGUGGUGCCAGCACAAUCUGCAAAUAUUGGCAUCGGGGACCUAAUCGAGGUGGACGUGGAUCAUCUCAGUAUCUGCAAGCCAGAGAGGAAGGACUCAUUCUUGUACAAGCGUAGCCUCCGGUUCAUCCAGGAAACACUGCACAGUACCAUCGGGCGCUGACAACCAAUUUUAACAACGGCACACCUGAACCACAACUCUUACUCACCCUCAUUGGAAUCAUACCCGACUCUCAUCGCCAUGAAUAUUGUGAUCAUAUUAUGAGCAAUAACAUGAAAAACCAGUGAAGAGUUCCCAGUGGUAAUAGUUUAGAACUGGAUGCUGAUCUCUCACCAAAGCCAAGUGGAUUUCAAAGCUCAUUUUAAAGGUGACCAUUAUUACCUUAAAAAUAUGUGCACCUAAUAUUUUAUGUUUCUCAACUCAGACCUUCCAGCUUAUUUAACAAAUGAUAAAGUAUUUUCUAAACUAUGACGCAGGCUUACCACUCAGUAUUUAAGUAUUUCAUUUUCUGCAGGCUUACCACUCAGUAUUUAAGUAUUUCAUUUGCCUAUUGUUUUUACGCAUAUUCUCAUGCGACUAGUUAAUACCUAUUUAAUGUAAAACUUUAUAGCACUGGUAAAAUGCAUUUUAAUAUUCAUUAUUUUGCAGUCAUACAUUCCACAAAUAAUGAGAAUAAAAUGUGUUAAGUUGGA